AUGACAAACAGACACAUUCUUGAGUCGGAAGACUAUGAGCAGUCAAAUAGAAGAUGGAAUGAUCUUGAGAUUCAUGAAUUCUUUUCUCAACCUGGAGGGAUCGACCAAAUAGAUGCUGUAUGCUUUGUAGUACAGGCUUCACUUGCCCGCCUCACGCACACACAGAAAUACAUCUUCGACUCUAUUCUUUCCAUAUUUGGUAAGGACAUUGCUGAUAAUAUCCUUAUGUUGAUCACAUUUGCAGAUGGGAACAAACGCUUAGGUUACUCACCCUUUGAGUGGCCGUCCGGAGAGGGCGCAAUUCAAACGCUUGGAGCCAUGAAAAAGUCUGAGGCUGCCGUCUCUCUAGGAAGAGAAAAUAACAGCCGUAAGACCGUGCUCGUUUGCGCCGUCAGUAUUGUAGCGGAGAAACUGAGCACACAGAAAACAUUUCAGGGCAGUCCAGCCGAGGCCCAGAGUUCAUUCUCUGUCAACGCAGCUGUGCUGCGAAGACCAGAGCUCGGCCGUUCAGGUGCACGAGCCUCAGUAGUGACGGUGACCAGAAUGGCUCACAGAGCAGAGCAUUCUACGGUUCCCCCGCUUGUUCAUCUCAACAAGAGAGGAACGGCAGAGGGGAGCAGCAACACAGAUAGAACAGCCAUGCGUCGUAUGAACGGUAUCAACCGAUGCACUCGGGGGUUUGCCAGAGAUCUCGCCACUGAAUGUGAGAGGAGCGAAGGGACUCUGGAACCUUCUGUUCUUGAGGCCAUCAAAGUCUCUCAGGUGCCUUGUUCUACUGAUGAGUCUGAAAAGCCACUUCACUUCAAGUUUAAUAACUCUGCUCUAUUAAUUAAUAAUAAUAAAACUGUGGACGAUGAGUCUGAUUUUGGAAACUUUGAACAAAUGUUCUGGAAGUUGGGAAUUUUUAGCUUGAAAAAAUUCCUCAAAUCCCUUAACCAGAUGAAAACAAAGAGCUUGAUUUUGACCCAGGAGGUCCUGAAAGAGCGGCAACAACUUGAAGUCCUUGUUGAAGGUCUCCAGCCCCAGAUCAAUGCUGGUCUGACAAAACUGGAUGAAAUAAAGAAGAUAAAUGCCGCUCUGAAGCAGCACAAAGCUGAAAUGGAUUCAAACAAGGACUUUGAAUAUGAAUUUGAAGUAACUGUUCCAAAACAGAUCAAAACCAAACCAGGCACAUACCUGACCAACUGCCAAAUAUGUCAUUUUACAUGUCAUGAUAACUGUAUUUAUGCAGAUGACAAGGAUAAACACCAGUGCAGUGCUAUGCAAGAUGGCAAGUGUCGGGUCUGUCCUGGAAAGUGUGUCUGGAAUGUUCACUUCAAUCAAGCAUAUAAAUGGGAAUAUGUCAAAGAAAUGAGAAAAGAUACCUACAACGAGUUAAAACAGCGAUUUGAGGUGGCAAAUGAUGAAGUCAUGUCAAAAGAAAAAAUCUUUGAAAAGCUUGAACAGGAGCUUGAAGAUGUGCAGAUUAUUGUGUUUGAACUCAUUGACAGUUCCCAAAAAUCUUUGGAGCGACUUCAGGAAAUUGCGCUCAAACCCAACCCUCUUUCCACACCCGACUACAUAGACCUGAUGAUCGAGGCAGAGAAACAAGAAGCCAAGCCUGCAUUUCAAGAUCGCAUCCAGUCUUUAAUGAACGUCAGGAAGCAAGCUGAGAUUAUGAGUAAGGUUUCAACAGGGGAAGUCCUUCCAGAGGAUUGGAGAAGGCACACACAAGAAAAGGAAAAAAGAUCAGACAAGUCUUAUAAUCCCAUGAUACUGUUUGGAAGAUUUAAGAAUUUUUUUAUCGGAGAAAUCGUGUCUUAA